AUGGGUGACUACUCAAAAGCACUUGAAUUUUACGAAAAAGAUCUCGAAAUCACGAAAAAAGCUCUGGCUCCGAAUAAUUCCCAUUUGGCUGCUUCCUACAAUAACAUCGGUGGAUUGCAUAAGAACAUCGGUGACUACUCGAAAGCAGUUGAAUUUUACGAAAAAGCACUUCAAAUUAGAGAAAAGACUCUGCCUUCGAAUCAUCCCGAUUUGGCUACCUCCUACAACAACAUCGGUCAAAUGUAUAACAACAUGGGUGACUACUCCAUAGCACUUGAAUUUUACGAAAAAGCACUUCAAAUUAAAGAAAAAGCUCUACCUCCAAAUCAUCCCUCAUUGGCUGGUAGUCACUUGAAUUUUGCAGUAUGUUACAAAAGAAUGGGUGAUUACGCAGCAGCUCUUCAAGCUCUUCAAAAUGCUUUUCAAAUUCAGCAAAAAGCAUUUCAAGAAGGUAAUCCAGCUUUUACUUCAACAUACAGUUGGUUCGGAAGAGUUUAUCGCAGUAUGAAAGAUUACUCAAAGGCACUGGAUUAUUUUGAAAAGUGUCUCGCAAUAGAUUUAAAGACGUUAGCUGAAGGACAUCCCUAUCAGGCUAUUACAUAUAGUAAUAUUGGUGAUGUUUAUCGAUUAAUGGGUAACUAUGAAAAGGCACUUGCAUUUCAUCAAAAAGCAUUAGAUAUUCAAGAAAAUGUUCAAUGUAAUCCUCUUCAAUAUGCAACGACAUAUACAAAUUUAGGUGAGACUUAUCGAGAAAUGGAAGAUUAUUCAACAGCAUUGUCAUAUUUUCAAAAAGGAUCAGAAAUACAAGAAAAGAAACUGCCAAAGAGUCAUCCUGAUUUAGCUGUAAUUUAUCAUAAUAUGGCAAAAUUAUAUUUAUCUACUGGACAAUAUAAUAUGGCAAUGAAAAAUGUUCAACAAGCAAUAGGAAUAGCUCAAGAAAAAUUACAUUCAACUCAUCCUCAUCUUUUGGAAUAUAAAGAAACAUUUGAAGAAAUACAAAAGGAAAUGUAA